AUGUACUUUGCCUUCGACACCCUUAAUACAUGGCAGCCGGGCAAGGACGUGUCUCUCAGUAUCUCGCUACGUGCCACCAAAUCGUCACCCUAUCACGUAGUGGGAUUCUGUAAAGCCGUCUACAAAGCGCCGCGCCAACCGCCCGCUUCGAACCCGGGAGCCCCUCCAAACCCGUGGUUUGAACGGGUACGCCGUGGCCCGACUAGAUGGCUCAAGAGCUGCGAGAUGCCAGAUAUGACUUUCCCACAAGUCCCUGCCGUCACGGACCUUGAGCUAUGUCGGACAAAGGGCGUUUGGUGGACCGGCGUCGCGGUGCAGAGGCUGCUUUACCUCUUGCCCAGGAUACGGGCGUUGCGUUGCGGGGCUAUGUCUCACUGGAGCGAACAGUUAACUGGAACCAUUAUCCAGCAGCUUGGAGCCUUCCCCGCCGAUAUCUCCAAGCUUGUUCUCUUCGGUGACUACUCCGAUGGCACCUUCUUUCGGCUACUCAAGGAAAGUUGCGGUGGCCAAGUCAAGAAUCUUCCUCCCCGGCCGACUCCGACCUAUGCCACAGGCAGGGCACUUGCUCGGAUAGGCUCCGCGUUCCCAAAGCUCAAACACCUCUCGGCCUCCUUCGUCGUAGAAGGGGCCGACGUUUUGAGAGUGAUGUUCGAGCUAUGCACACCACCGUACGCGACUCUGGUUACGCACAGCUGGAAGACACUCGUGUCCCUCACGCUCACCUCAGGGACCCUCAUCCCCGGCCGCAGAAACUACGCAAAGAUAAGUUCUCUGCUGAGAAACGCCGCUGCCACCGCUACCGCCCUCCCAGCACUUCAACGCUUGGAAGUGUGGAACGGCGCGGAAAGUACGGCAUGCGCAUUCCGGUAUUUGGGGGCAUCCUUGACUGGGGGACCUAAACGGGUGGCGCAUCUCUCCUGGUGA